AAUUGGCCAGUGAGUGACAGCUAAUCCCAUGCAUCCAUUGGUGAAUACAUUAUAAAAUCCUAAUUUUCCAUUGCCUUCAUUGCAACUAUACUACGCUUCAUUUCCAAGGCACUCUCAGCGCCGCCGCCGCUAUGGAGACGGGGCUCCGGCCCACGCCCACCGCAGCUCCACCUUCUACCGGCGCAACCCUUCUCGGAAAGUACCACUUAGGCCGCCUUCUCGGUCGCGGAAGCUUCGCCAAAGUCUACCAAGUAGUUUCCUUAGUCGAUAACUCCACCGUUGCUGUCAAAAUCAUCGACAAAUCCAAAACCGUCGGCGCCGCCCUGGAACGUUGCAUAGUCCGGGAGGUUGCCGCCAUGCGCCGCCUCAAUCACCACCCAAACAUCCUCAAAAUCCACGAAGUAAUGGCGACCAAGUCCAAAAUCUACCUGGUGGUCGAAUUCGCCGCCGGCGGCGAACUCUUCGCCAAAAUCUCCCGCCGUGGGCGUUUCACUGAACCCGUCGCCCGCCGGUAUUUCCAACAACUCGUCUCAGCCCUCAAGUUCUGCCACGAAAACGGCGUCGUUCACCGCGAUGUGAAGCCGCAGAAUCUUUUGCUGGACGAACAGGGCAAUCUAAAAAUCUCCGAUUUCGGUCUCUCUGCUUUACCCGAACAGCUCAGAGACGGGUUACUCCACACGGCUUGUGGAACUCCGGCGUACUCAGCGCCGGAGGUCAUGAUCCGGCGCGGUGGCGGUGGAUACGACGGUGGAAAGGCCGACGCCUGGUCCUGUGGAGUGAUUUUAUUCGUAAUGCUCUGUGGGUUUCUCCCUUUCGACGACAGUAACCUAGCGGCGAUGUACAAGAAAAUCCACCGGCGAGAAUUUCAAAUCCCUAUUUGGAUAUCGAAACCGGUCCGUUUUCUAAUAUAUCACCUCCUCGAUCCGAAUCCCAAAACGAGGAUGAGCAUUGAGGCGUUAAUGCAAAGCCCUUGGUUCAAGAAAUCGCUGCAAUUGAAACAGAGUAAUGAGAGUCUAUUGCAAUCGAUGAGGGAUUAUCGAUUGGGGAAAGAGAGGGGAAUCGGGGAAAUGAAUGCGUUCGAUAUAAUUUCGAUGUCGUCGGGGUUGGAUUUAUCGGGGCUGUUUGAAACGGCGGAGAAGAGGGCGGAGAGGAGGUUUACGUCGAGGGAGACGGUGAUGGAGGUGGAGGAGAGGAUGAAGGAGAUCGGCGGAGAGUUGGGGUAUGAGGUAGAGGCGGGGGCGAAAGGAGGGGCGAUCGGAAUGGGGAAGGGGAGGGUGGUGGUGGUGGUGGAAGUGGUGGAGGUGGCAGUAGCGCCGGCGACAUUGACGAUGGUGGAAGUGAGAGUGGUGAGAGGAGGAGAGGAGUUUGAAGAGCACCAUUGGAGAUGUUUUGAAGGUAAACUUGAAGGAUUUGCAGUUCCAUGGCAGAGGAAAUGUAAUCUAUGAAAAUAAAAUUUGUAAAGCUUUGUGUUUUUGUUGAGGAAGGAAUAGGGAUUUGAAACCGAGAUUACGGCAUGUUUGAUGGGUGUGUUGUGUUAGGUGGGGUGGGCUUUAUGUUUGAUAGACGCUUAACAAAAUAACCAGUGGGUUUUAAACCCAUUGUUUUACCUCAUUUUUCACGCCCCAUUUGCAGGUUCAUUAUUCUGCCCCUUCUUUCUCUUCUUGUCAUGCGUAAUUAAUCAC